GGCUGGGGCGCGAGGCGGAGGCGGUCAGCGGAGCAACGCUGCUAGAGCCGAAGCGCGAGCCGGGCGAGGCCGCAGCCAGGGGAGGCAGGAGCGGCGGGAGCAGGGCUGGCCGGCUCCAUGGCGCCAGUGGCGCCCGUCUGAGCAGCGCGGGCAGCGUCAGGCGGCGGCCGGAUCGGGCCGCGGCUCUUACUCACCAUGGGGGACGUGCUGUCCACGCACCUGGACGACGCCAGGCGCCAGCACAUCGCAGAGAAAACCGGGAAGAUGCUGACGGAGUUCCUCCGCUUCUACGAGGACCAGUAUGGUGUGGCCCUCUUCAACAGCAUGCGGCAUGAGAUCGAGGGCACCGGGGCGCCACAGGCCCAGCUGCUCUGGCGCAAGGUGCCCUUGGAUGAGCGCAUCAUCUUCUCGGGGAACCUCUUCCAGUGCCAGGAGGACAACAAGAAGUGGAGGAACCGCUUCAGCCUCGUGCCGCACAACUAUGGGCUGGUGCUCUACGAGAACAAAGUGGCUUAUGAGCGGCAGGUCCCACCCCGAGCUGUCAUCAACAGUGCGGGCUACAAAAUUCUCACCUCCCUGGACCAGUACCUGGAGCUUGUUGGCAACUCCUUACCAGGGACCACAUCAAAAUCGGGCACUGCCCCCGUCCUCAAGUGCCCCACGCAGUUCCCGCUCAUCCUCUGGCAUCCUUCUGCGCGUCACUACUACUUCUGCAUGAUGACGGAAGCUGAGCAGGACAAGUGGCAGGCUGUCCUGCAGGACUGCGUCCGGCACUGCAACAAUGGGAUCCCCGAGGACUCCAAGGUGGAGGGCCCCGCGUUCACUGACGCCAUCCGCAUGUACCGCCAGUCCAAGGAGCUGUACGGCACCUGGGAGAUGCUGUGUGGGAACGAGGUGCAGAUCCUGAGCAACCUGGUGAUGGAGGAGCUGGGCCCUGAGCUGAAGGCAGAGCUCGCCCCCCGGCUGAAGGGGAAACUGCAGGAGCGACAGCGGCAGUGGAUCCAGAUCUCAGACACCGUGUACCGCAUGGUGUAUGAACAGGCCAAGGCACGCUUUGAGGCCGUGCUGUCCAAGCUACAGCUGGCCCGGCCGGCCAUGGAGGCGGUCAUCCGCACUGACAUGGACCAGAUCAUCACCUCCAAGGAGCACCUGGCCAGCAAGAUCCGAGCCUCCAUCCUCCCCAAGGCGGAGGUGUGUGUCCGGAAUCAUGUCCAGCCCUAUAUCCCGUCCAUCCUGGAGGCCCUGAUGGUGCCCACCAGCCAGGGCUUCACCGAAGUGCGGGACGUCUUCUUCAAGGAGGUCACCGACAUGAACCUGAACGUCAUCAACGAGGGCGGCAUCGACAAGCUGGGCGAGUACAUGGAGAAGCUGUCCCAGCUGGCGUACCACCCCCUCAAGAUGCAGAGCUGCUAUGAGAAGAUGGAGCCGCUGCGGCUCGAUGGGCUGCAGCAGCGUUUCGACGUGUCCAGCACGUCUGUGUUCAAGCAGCGAGCCCAGAUCCUCAUGCGUGAGCAAAUGGACAACGCCGUGUACACCUUCGAGACCCUCCUGCACCAGGAGCUGGGGAAGGGGCCCACCAAGGAGGAGCUGUGCAAGUCCAUCCAACGCAUCCUGGAGCGGGUGCUGAAGAAAUACGACUAUGACAGCAGCACCGUGCGGAAGCGCUUUUUCCGGGAGGCUCUGCUGCAGAUCACCAUCCCGUUCCUGCUCAAGAAGCUGGCACCCACCUGCAAGUCGGAGCUGUCCCGGUUCCAGGAGCUGAUAUUCGAGGACUUUGCCAGGUUCAUCCUGGUGGAGAACACGUACGAGGAAGUGGUGUUGCAGACGGUCAUGAAGGACAUCCUGCAGGCCGUGAAGGAGGCUGCCGUGCAGAGGAAGCACAACCUGUACCGGGACAGCGUGGUCAUGCACAACAGCGACCCCAACCUGCACCUGCUGGCCGAGGGCAUGCCCAUCGACUGGGGCGAGGAGUACAGCGGCAGCAGUGACAGUGGUGGGGACCCCGGCAGCCCUGGUAUCCCGGAAGCAGUCAUCCUCUCAGAAAAGCGCCGGCGUGCCAAGCAGGUGGUGUCCGUGGUCCAGGACGAGGAGGCGGGGCUGCCCUUUAAGGCUGUCCCUGAGCCGCUAUCACCUGCGUCCGCAGACAGCAUCACCGAGCUCCAUGGCCUGCUGGCCCGGGAUCAGCAGGCCGAAAGCCCCCCGCUGGCCGGCCCCCUGCUCAAUGGGGCCCCCGCCCAGGAGAGCCCGCAGCCCGGGGCGGCCCCUGAGGCCGCCUCACCGCCUGCCUCACCCCUCCGGCAGCUCCCACCUGGAAAGGCCUCGGACCUCGAGCCUCCCAAGCCCAGUGACCAGGAGACCGGGGAGCAGGUGUCCGGCCCUGGCGGCCGCCCCCCCAUCCAUACCACCACCGAGGACGGUGCAGGGGUGCAGACUGAGUUCUAGGCCAGUCGCCCCCAAGCUUCUGUUGGACAUGGCACACGGGCCACUCCCUCCGAGGCACUGGAAGGCUUGGCUCUGGGCGGGGAGCACUGGAUCUGUGCCUUCCGGGUGGGGAUGGGGCCGGGCUGGUGUGGCACCUCUGGGGCUGGGCGGGGACGGGCCCACCUGAGUCACUUUAUUGGGUUCGGUCACACUUGGUUGGUCUGUUUUCUCUUCUGUGGGAUGAUCUCGGCUUUCCUUCUCCUGCUGGGGACAGAGCACAGCGGAGGGGGCUGGGAGCACUCGGUGGCCCUGGGUCCCUGAGUCCUCCCUCCCUGCCCUGCCUCUGUGGCCCGUUUCCCUCGUGGGUCUUGCCAUCCUUGGGAAGAGGGCGGUAAGAGUAGCAUCUGCUGUGACACAGAGCCCAUGGAUCCUCUCUCCUCUCACCAAGGGGCUCGCUGGAACCAGGAAGAUGGAGCGCUGAGGCCCGUCUCAGCCCCGCUCCUCCCUCCUCCCGGCUGGGCCCCAGAGGCCAGUUUUGGAGUGGAUACUGGCCUUGCUGUCCCGCCCCGGGUGAGGGGAUGUGCAAGGAGGGGGGCCUUCAGGCUGGGGGAGGGCUGCCUCGCGGAGGGGGAUGGGGCCAUGGGCCUGAGGAGAGAACAAGAAAGGCCUGGAACGUGCUGGUCUGGGGAGAGGACGUGUCAGAGGGAAGGAGGGCGUGACCUCUGCAGAGGUACUGCUGGGAGGGUGGGCGAGGUGGGCGACGUGGCAGAUGGAGGGUUGCUGGAAGCUGGUCCUUUGCCUCCCCCUCCACUUGCUGGGGUCCAGUCUCCGGAGUCCCUCUGUGCUGGGCUGGGGGGGUGGGGGGCGGUGGCACGUUGCUCAGUGGCAGGGCUGGGUGGGUGUGGACUCUGCAGGCCACUUCCAAGGUACGCGCUGUCCUCCCAGGGAGCUGCGGGGCUCGUGAGGGGCAGGGGGAUGGGCCGAGGCACCCCAGGGCACCACUGAGCAUUUGGGUCAGGCCGGGGCUCGGCCCCUGCUGCUCUGAGUUUCCAGUCACCCCACCCUGAAAACUCCAGAACUCUUCAAAUGUCUUCAUGAGUCACGUGGGGCCCAGCCAUCCCCCUUCCUGGGGUGAGGGUCAAGCCGAGACCAUCCCCAGGGGCUGGGACCUCCUGGCCUUCCCAGACCCCCUCCCCUGCUGCUUUGAGGGGAGGGUGGGCAGGGCAGAAACGGAGUCCUUCAGGGUCCUCAACCCCAUCCCAGCCCUGCAUCCUCCAUCCCCUCGAUCUCCUUCCUGGACCGGGCCCUGGGACCCACAGGACGUGCAGCUCUGGCUGGUGCUCAGGGACCACCCCCACCCCCCCCCCCUCGCCCGCCAGUCCCUCAAGCCCUAAACUCAACGCCUCACUAACCUCUUUUACCAACACGUUCUGUCUGAAGAUGCUCUCCUCUGGUGCCUUCUUUUGUGGUUUUCCAAUCAUCCUUCUCAGAUCUUGUAUUGAAAAUAUUAUGCAAACUGUUUAAGCUUCUACUAAUCAAUAAAUGCUUUAUUUAAA